ACACGCUGGGCGCUGGGCGCUGGGAAGGCCGGGCAGGGAGCGCGCACUGGAGAAACCGCUAUGGGAAUCCCGGCCACAUUUCCAGGCCCCUUGGGCCGUCCCACGCCAGACAAGAAGGCCCUGACUCCGAAACCCUGGGCGAGUGUGGAGGGCGCACGGGGGUGGGGUGUACCUGCCCACGCAAGCUGCUGCUGAUCUCCCUUAAAGCCGAGUUAGAGGCUCGGGGCGAGACAGGAGUGACGGGGCGAUGCUGUCACUCCAUCUGUCACUCUACCCAGCUUGCAGCGGCUGAAUUUGAACCCUGAGACUUCGGGCCUUUGCGUUGUUACCGCAGUCCGCAUUUCAAAGCCAGAGUUUGGACACUGAGUCACCAUGACCUCGAGUACUGGCGGGGCCUGAGCCCGCAGAGCUAGGUCCAGCAGCUUCCCACCCCCUCGUCCUCCUCUGGCUCCCCCUCCCCUAAAUGAUUAAUGCAAUGUCUGUUACUCACCUGUGUGGGACCGUCCACGGCAAACAUCACCAACUGUUCUCAUGCACGUGCAGAAGCUCCGUCCCUUUCCUAACUGUCUGAUCGCUUCGAUGGUUCACCUUUGACCAACAGCCACAGGAGGGAGCCUCCCCGGUGGUCGACCGGAGCCAGGUGCUGCCAGGCACCCGACUGCAGAGCUUGCCCUCCAGGUGAUCUCGCAGUACCGGUGUUCACAAGCCCUGUAAGGCACUCGGGGUAUCCUGAAGGCUACAGAUUCUGCGAGGGCAGAGACUUUAAGGAACAGCCAUAGUCCUUCUCCAGCUCAAAAUGUAGACCAUGGGCACAAGGUUCAUUUCUAAAUAGGCUGUCCUGGAACCAUCGAUCUCUAGAACGUACAGGAGGAAGGGGACCUGCCAGUCCAGCCCUCAUAUUUUACAGAGGGAAAAGGUCGGGGCCCCCAGCCCCACGGGCACGAAGGCACCAGAACCUCGCUAAAAGCCACAGGGCAGAACCCUCAUCAAUAACACCAUGGGUACCACGUGCAGACGGAGUCAUACAUAUGGAUCAGGAAACAGCAUUCUGAUUGAUGUCAAAACAGAGCCCGAGGAAUAGGCCCCUGCCGUCUGUGUGUGUGCUGGAAAUUUCCACUGGGAUCUCAACUGUUUGGAAACAUAACACAGUUGGCAAGGAAGACAAGAACCUUCCUGGGGUCCAGAACUCUGCCUGCUUCAGAAUCAACAGAUGAUGAAUGCCACUGGAAGACUCGGGACCUACAGCCUCAGUUUCCAAAAAUGUGCAUGAGACAAGCAACCCCAGGGUUCUCACACAGGGUGAGCUGCUUGGGAGGGGGUGAGACCCUGCAGUCUGGAUCCUUGCUCUUCCCCAACACUGCCCCACAAAUACACAGAUUCCCAGCUGAUAGGACAUGGAGCGAGGGCUGAGCACAGGACCUUUCUCCAUAUGUUCUUUUGUCUGAGAAACUUCAGCCAAAGAUUUUCAAACCAAACAGAAACAAAUGGCAACCACUAACUCUGCUCACAGUCAAGGUAUUUUUUUCUUGAAGCUCUGAUUUGGGGAAAAUAUGAAAUAGGCCUUACCCAGACACAGGCUUUGCCUCUUCCUCCUCUACCCACUUCAUGGGGUCUCUCUCAACCCUACAGAGGGGACCAGUGCUGUUAUCAACUCCCUGUCUGCCCAGGGCCGCCUCUGAGGUCAUCCUCUCCCCAGCCACCAGGGAGGAGCCCCAUGUGGCUCACACAGAUGCUGGGAUGGUCCUACCAUCCUGGGACAGUCCUCAGGCACAUGGUGCUCUGCUCUGGGUCACCCUCCUACUGAUUUUGGCUCUACAGCUCCCUAAUAAAUAAUAAAGGCAGAAGCCACUUUGAUGGUGCAGGUGGCAGGUGGGACAGUGAAGUGGGUGCACAGGAGCAGGUGCACACACACAAGCAAAUGCACACACACUAGCAAAUGCACAGUGUGCACACACACACACACACUACCCAGGGCACAGGAGCAGGUGCACACACACCAUGACCAAAGGCGGUAUGCACACACACACACACACACACAACCAAAUGCACAGCAUGCACACACACCCGUGCACACUACCCAGGGCACAGGAGCAAGUGUAUACACACCACGGCCAAAUGCACAGUGUGCACACACACAUGCACACUACCUAGGGCAAAGGAGCAGGUGCGCACACACCACGACCAAAUGCACAGUGUGCACACACACAUGCACACUACCUAGGGCACGGGAGCAAGUGUAUACACACCAUGACCAAAUGCACAGUGUGCACACACACACGCACACUACCCAGGGCACAGAAGCAAGUGUAUACACACCACGGCCAAAUGCACAGUGUGCACACACACAUGCACACUACCCAGGGCACAGGAGCAGGUGUGCACACACCACGACCAAAUGCGGUGUGGACACACACACGCACACUACCCAGGGCACAGGAGCAGGUGCGCACACACCACGAUCAAAUGCAGUGUGGACACACACACGCACACUACCCAGGGCACAGGAGCAGGUGUGCACACACCACGACCAAAUGUGCAGUGUGCACACACACCCGUGCACACUACCCAGGGCACAGGAGCAAGUGUAUAUACACCACGACCAAAUGCACAGUGUGCACACACACACUACCCAGGGCACAGGAGCAAGUGUAUAUACACCACGACCAAAUGCAGUGUUCACCCACACACGCACACUACCCAGGGCACCGGAGCAGGUGUAUACACACCACGACCAAAUGCACAGUGUGCACACACACGCACACUACCCAGGACACAGGAGCAAGUGUAUACACACCACGACCAAAUGCACAGUGUGUGCACUCCCCCCACAUGCUGGCAUGUGUGCACACACCCGUGCGCACACUUUCUGCCUGUUCUCCAUGGGUUCCUGGUUUCAUUUUCUAUCUAGUGGUGGCAGCUGUUCUCACAGGCCUCCACAGCGAUGCCCAGCUACCCUUUCUGAAAUCAGCUUCUCUAAUAAUGCCAUCCCUUAUUAACGGCCCCAUGGCCAGGCUAGUAAAAGGAUCCAUUAUUGCUUUAACCAAGAUGGUUGCAUUAUAGAUUGCAAGACAGCUGGCCCGCAGGCUGUAAGCUGCUGGCUGAAAAGAAUAAAUUAGACAAUAGAGCAAUAAAGCGGGGAGGGGGACUCAUGGUUUCAAGUCGGUUGUUCAGUUUCUGAGAUUUUGUGCAAAUCACCCAGUAACAUUUGAGAAACAUCUUUGCCCUUGGUAAAAACAGAAAGAUUCUAAACAAAGAGCAAAGAGAAAUAGCUCCAAAGCCAAUAGGAACCGGAAAAGAGGUUGGCAUCAUCUCCCAAAGUUGAAGAUUCCAACUCCUAAUGUGACCCAGGAGUAGUCGCAGCACCAGCACAUCAGGAGACUCCACAGGAAUGUUCAAGAAGCAGCAAUCAUAACAAGCAGAAGCCUGGAAAUAACCAAAGGUCCACCAGAGGGGAGGUAAAGCCCCAGCAUGAGGUCGCAGAUUGGAGGGUGCACAUGGCUGAAUCCCUGCAGAGUGAUUCCAAGCACAAAACACCCAAAAGAUGCCUGUUAACAAAGAUUUCAAACACAAUUAAAGAGUCUGCCUUUUGGAAACGUGUCUGCCAUCGUGAUGGUAUAGUGGUUAGUACUCUGCGUUGUGGAAAUAUGUCUGCUACAAAGCACUGUGCAAAGCCCUCAUGGGGAGGGGAUGGGAUGGGCCACAAAGUCAGAGGUCAGUGUUUGUUUUGGGUGGCAGAGCCACAGAUGUAACAAUGAAGGGACAAAAUGAGCAAGCAGGCUGCUGCAGACCAGCAGCAACAGCAAGGCACACACCAGCACCAGGACCAAGGCCAUGCCGUGCACCAAGAAACACGAGGAUGACGCUGUGCUGAGGAUGAGGGGACCAGGCAGGAGCUGCUAGCAGGGACCCUCCCGCUAGUUCUGCCAUGCAAAUGCAACGUGACCCCAUGGCUGCCUGUGAGCUGGAGGCUGCACGGGAGCUGCUUCUGCCAUCAGACAAACACACGGCUGAGCCCAGGGCGGAGCCCCUCCCCGUUCCCUCUUGGGGCUGGAGCCCUGGCUGAUGAAGCUGCCCUAAUGGGCAGUUGCUGGGGGGCAGAUCCUGCAGGGAGCAUGGUGGGGCACCUGGAAGACUCCACCCCCUGAUCGGGAUCUGGCAGCCUCUGCUUCCAAGAGAGACAGGCAGUGCCUGGGCAGUACUCAGGGAGGGGCGCUUCCCCCAGCUCAGCAACUGCCCUGGGAGGGGACAGCCCCAAAGGACUAAUUAUUCACACUUGGGUGAGCUGUUUCUAAACACCUCACCUUUUAUUUCUCUUUUUUUUUCUUUAACAAUAUAGAUAAAUUCAGUAAGAAAACAAUUUCACUGAGCUACGAUGCAGAGCAUUACACAUUUCUUUUAAGUGAAGCUUCCUGCUCCAUCAUGCACGAUGGCCAUGAACUGUGGAUACAUCCUGAACAGAGGCAGCCUUUUAAAAUCCCUGGAUUUUAAGAUGACCAAACAGACAUCAUCUCCAGCAGCAGCAUGGAGGGGGCAGUCUGUGACCCAGCUCAGAAGAGCAGGGCUGCUCAUUGGCAUUCAGGUGCCUGCUCUGCAGAAGCUGUAAAUCUGAACCUGCUGACAGUUAAUCAACACACCUCGAGCUUCCAGACCCUGAGUUGGCACAGGCCCAGGCCUAGAGAUCCAGCCCACCCUGGGGUCAAAUGGGGACCAGACACGCUGGCUCUGCCAGCUCAAGGGACCCCAUCAGCAUCCCUGCUUUCCCAUCUUGCAGUGGCAGAGUAAGGUGGACACCCCAGCCAGGAUGGCACUUACCACAGAGCCAAGCAGAAGGGACUUUAAUAACAAAAAGGAGGAGUUAUUGACCAUGGGGUGGACAUUCACAUGCAAAAAAAAUGAACUUCAAUCCAUACUGAGCCCCAGAUGCAAAAGUUAACUCAAAGUGAAUCACAGGUGUUUUAAAUUUAAGACAUAAAACCACAGAUUCUAGAAGGAAAUGGGAGAAAAUAUUUGUGACUUUGAGUUAGGCAAGGUUUUCUUAGUUCUAAAAUCAAAAACCACACUUCAUUUUUUUAAAGUAGAUAAAUUAGACUUCAUCAAAAUUAAGAAUUUCUGCUCUUUAAAUGACACUCAAGGGAAUGAAAAGACGAAAGACAGACUGGAAGAAAUACUUUUCAGUGGUGUAUCUGAUAAUAGCACAUAUCCACAACAGACGAAGAACCUCUCAAAACUCAGGAAUAACAAAGCAAACAACCCAAUUCAAAAAUGGGCAAAUGAUCUGAACAGAUGUUUCACCAAAGAAGGUAUAUGGAUGGAAAAU